CGUCCAAUGGAUGACGUAUUGAUGUAUUCAUUGGUUUUCCUUUGAAUUGUUGUUUUAAUCGCAAUUCAGAGGCAAUGAGAACCACGAGAAGAGUCGCCAACCAAUGACUGAUCCUUCGGCUCCAUUGGUUCCGGCGGCGGUCGACGACGCGUCGGUCAUGAAGGCCGAGAUCGAGCGCCUGAACCGCGAGUUGGCGCAGACAAGCGCCGAGAAGAUCCAGUCGGCGCAGUACGGGCUCGUCCUCCUCGACGAGAAGGAGGAGCUUCAGCGCCGGUACGACGAACUUGAGAUCAACUUCGAUACGGUUCGCAAGGAUUUGGAGGAAUUGCGAGAAGCAUUCGCAAAGUCGCAGACCAUUCAGAAGGUGUCGCAAAACACAGGCGUUGAACGCGAGGAGCGACUGCUGGAGGAGAGCGCCCACAAAGAGGCCAACUUCGCGACCACUCUUCAGGAGCUCGAGCGGGAACUGAAGGCCGUGCGGCUCGAGUUGGAAAGGGUUCGCGCGGAAAAGGACGCCCAGACUCAGGACGCCAACGAUUUCGCCAAACAGACAGAGGAGGCCGAGUGGGAGCGCAAGAGUCUGCGUCUGGAGCUCAAGGAACUGAAGUUCCGAGAGUCGCGACUAUUGGCCGACAAUAACGAGUUGGAAGAGGAGAACAUUUCGCUCCAGAAACAGGUCUCGUCUCUCAAGUCAUCGCAAGUGGACUUCGAGACCUCCAAACACGAGGUUCGGAGGCUUCAGGAGGACGUCGAUGCCCUCCACUCACAACUCGACGAAUACGAACACCUGAAGCGCAUCGCCGAACGCCAGAUGGAGGAGGCGUUGGAAGCGUUACAAAGCGAAAGGGAGCAGAAGUACGCCGUGAAGAAGGAGUUGGAUCGACGCAUAAACUCGGACUCCAUUCACAAUCUCUCGACGUUUGCCGGCUUCGCGGGCCUCAAGUUCACCGCCAACGAAGCGAACGCCGCGAACGACGGAAGCGGCGAACCCUUCGACGACCAGAGCCCCACUUUGGAGCGUCUGGAGGCCGACCUCUUGCGCUCUCAGAGUCCGUCCAAUACUACGCAGCCGUCGUCGUUGGAGGGCUCGCUCUUCGGUGAAGUACAUCUUCAUGAGAUCAAGCGUUUGGAGAGAAUGCUCGACGACUGCGACGCCCAGAAGAUGCAACUCAACCAACGGCUGCAGGACUGCCAGUCAUUGCUCGACCAAAAACAGUCCGAACUCUGCCUUCAAAGCAAUAGACUAUUGGCUUUCGCCGACGCCGUCAACGCUCUGCUCGCGCUCUGCGGCGGCGACACUGAGACCGAAGCGGAGGUCGACCCGAACGCCGACUUCCCUGAGUUGGCGCGCCUCCAAAGGGCUCUCACGCGCCAAAUGAGCGACUCUGCGGCCGGACAGCUGCGCGAGGAAGUGGCGCGACUGCAGCGCGAGCUGACGGCCAACGCCGCCAAGAGUGCACUUCUCGAGGAAGACUUGCGGACAAUGUCUCUGAUAGCGGAAGACAUCUUCGGCAACGCGAGUCUCACUCAAGACGAUCUGAUCGGCGUUUCUGAGUAA